AUGGCCUCUCAACCACAAGCAGCCAAACUUUCCAUUCCUUCGUCAAGCAAUCCGACGGAGACUCAACAAGCAAUGGCGAGUCCCGUGGAAUCGAGACCGCCGACGUUUCCGCUUGGACGAAGUCAUCUGCCCACCCCCCAAAGUCCAGACAAUAUGGGCCAAUAUCUGAACCUACAGGGACCUGAAUCGCCCCUGGCUCAGAUAUCACAACUCAACCGUCCGGUCCUCUAUAGCGGCCCGCCCUCGCAAAAACCAAUGCAGGGGCAACCGCAACAGCAGACUAUGACUCCGGAAUCGAGUCCUUACACGCCACGACAUGACCCUUCCCGAUAUCCAAUGCCCCAUGCGAUACCUCAUUUCAAUCCAUAUUCUCAUUACCUUACCACUCCGAAAGCAUCAUCUUCGACUGCACCGUCAACGAUAGUGCGGCCUCCACCACGAAUGGCAACUCCCCCUCCGUCGAACGCCCAUCCAGCAAACCUGUCAUCUCCUUUCGCUGAUAAACUCACAAUAACACCACGUCCUCUUCACUUUCCACGACCGACCUCCGCUCAGAUUCCAGUCCAUAUUGACGAUAUUUUUACUGCCUCUGCAUCUCCGCCCAAAUCAAAUACUCCUUCAGCUCAAACAUCAACACCUCCCGUCUCUCCACCUCCGUCUUCACAACCUUCUGCCUCUGCCUCUGCCUCUGCAGGUGGUGAAAUGGAACGAAUUCGCCAGACAAUGCUACAAAACCAGAUGACCCACCACCAAGAAGCAGAGGCUCGAAGACCUGAAUAUCUUAAACGUGGCAAACGGCCAUUGUCCGAAGUCGGGCCCUCAACAACUCCCGAAGAAGAGAGCUCAAGACGGUCUGGUGUUGGCAUUAUGGACAGCCCUCACAAGGGUCGUCGAAUUGCACUUUUCCAGGAAACCUCCGAUGAGAGCUUCGAGGAGAGCUUGAUGGCCGGUGGAUAUGGUCGCUAUCGCACUGCUGAUUGGGUCCGACAACCUCAUCCAUUACCAGCUCCAAGUGCUACCCCCACUCCGACUCCCGGGCCGCCUGGACCAUCAAGCAUCAUCCAACGAGUUGAAGCACUUCAAGCGCAACGACCGCCAAGUGCCAAAGAGAUGACCCGAUUCAAACGUCUGAACGCAUUCCGUCCCAACGAAACCACGAAUACUAACACUGAACCUCAACCGCCAAAACUUUUUCCUGUGACCGUACAAGGAAUAGGACGGGUGUUGAUGGAUGCUGAAAGCGAGGAACGCGGAUUGGGCGAGGUCAAAGGUGGAAAGAAGGGUCCUGCCACCAAUGGUAAAAAGGCAGCAGCGGCAGCCAAGAAAAAGUCACAAGAGCCUAGUGCACGCGAACGACGGGCAGCAUUAAUGGCAGCGGCACUAGAGGAGGCUGCGGAAAAGCCGAAUUGGCCCGAUGCCGAGUUCCCAUGGAAGUUGAGGUCGGAGGAAAGGGCAGAGUUGACGAAAGAAGAAGAGCGCCACCGCAUGAAAAGGAUCGAGUCGUUUUUCAGUCGCGAUACGGAUGAAGAGGGCGGCAGUGAUGACGAACAGAAGCCGGAGAAAGACGACGAUGAAGAGUUGUUGACUUCGGCAGAAUGGGGACGGGUGUAUCGAGACCACCAACGGCCUACUCCAGCACGUAGGGGUCGUGGAAAGAUGGUUUCGCUGGCGGCUGAUGUCUCGACUGAAGGCCGACCUCAAACCUUUGGUGGUUCUCGACGGAACAUGUUCUUUCCCACCGACCCAGGCGAUGCUCGUGCAGCUUUACUUGCUAAACGGACCGUUCGCGCUAUAUCAUUCCGCAAAGACCGGCGUCACGAAACAGACGACGAGGUUGUUCUUUGCAUCUGUAAAGGGAAAUACGACUCUGACGACGGUGACGUUGUCCAAUGCGAUCAAUGUCGGACGUGGUAUCACCUUCAUUGCAUCGGAAUACCCAAUGUUGCUGCGCUGGGCCCUGAAGAUGCCGAGUGGUUCUGUAUGGCGUGCAUCGUGGUCGACAGAUCUGACUCUUCUGAUGAGGAAGAGGAGGUUGUUCAGCCUACGUUCGCGCCAACAGACAACGAGCCCAGUCACAAAUCUCCAGAUGCGCCACUUUACCAGCCGUUACAGGACUCGCCUGCUGCCUGGACAGUGCCACAGACCCCACCACGCCGUUCGAGGCUUGCCUCAGGCUUCUCCUCCGACUCGCGGGAAGCGCCCAUCACGCCAAAGGGCCCUGCGACACCACAUUAUCUCCGCCCUGCACGCCUCUUUGGUAACAGCACGCCUUUGUUCGACCACUAUUAUGCUUCUGGUGAAGAUGCGCCAUUUGAUCCUACGUCGACACCCUCCCGGGGCAUCAAGUUUGGUGCUGCAUUGGCAUUCACGACGCCAAAGGGUGCUCAGGCGUCGCCAUCGAGGAGAAGGGAUUCGUCAAGCCGACUGUUUGGUGCGCCGGGGACGCUGGAUGAGGCGUUGAGGGGCGAUGGCGAAACGCGAUUGCGGCUGGCCACCCCGAGUGAGCGCGAAGGUUUUUGGACACGGCAUCUGCGACGGCUGUCGGCAGAAGGACAUGCUGGCGUGUGGGCCAGUCCAUGA